AUGCUUCUUAAAAUAUUUGCUGAAAUAAAUAAUAACUCAAUAACGGAAAAAUUAGACAGGAACCGAUUCCGUGCACUACUUCAUAAAACUUUUAACAUGACAGAUGACAUUAUUCUCGAUAGGAGUUUGGCACAAAAUUUAGCAUUUAAUAAGCGUCUCGAUGGCUUAAUGACACAAGAAGAGUGGGUCAGAGGCCUAUCAAUUUUCCUUCGAGGGACAUUGGCUGAAAGGGCUGCCUGUAAAAUUUCCGAACAUUAUAAUUAG